AUGAAAAAUUAUACAGCAAUAACAACAUUUAUCCUGGUGGGACUAACAGAUGACCCAAAUCUACAGGUUCUGCUUUUCGUCUUCUUAUUUCUAACCUAUUUGUUGAGUGUUCUUGGAAAUUUGACCAUCAUCACUCUCACCUUGGUGCACUCCUACCUUCAAACACCUAUGUAUUUUUUCCUCCGGAAUUUUUCCAUCUUGGAAGUCUCAUUUACAACUGUCGGCAUUCCCAGAUUUCUCUACACAAUGGCAUCUGGGGACAAUACCAUUACCUAUAAUGCAUGUGCCACUCAAUUAUUUUUUGUUGUUGUCCUGGGUGUGACUGAGUUUUUUCUCCUAACAGCCAUGUCCUAUGACCGUUAUGUAGCCAUCUGCAAACCCCUGCAUUACACGACCAUCAUGAACAAAAGAGUCUGCAUCAAGUUCCUUACUGGCUGUUACAUAAUUGCUCUAAUCAUUGUUAUCCCACCAUUUGGCAUGGGCUUUGAACUUGAAUUUUGUGAUUCCAAUGUCAUAGAUCACUUUGGCUGUGAUGCUGCCCCCAUCCUGAAGAUUACUUGCUCUGACACAGAGUUUAUAGAGCGAUUUGUAUUAAUCUUGGCAGUGUUGACACUCCUGUUUACCUUGGUGUGUGUGAUUAUGUCCUACAUUUACAUCAUCAGGACCAUUCUCAAAUUCCCUUCUGCCCAGCAAAGGAAAAAGGCUUUUUCCACUUGCUCUUCCCAUAUAAUUGUGGUUUCUAUCACUUACGGGAGCUGCAUCUUUAUCUAUAUUAAACCAUCUGCAAAAGAAGGGGUAGCUAUUAACAAGGUGGUGUCAGUGCUUACCAUUUUGGUUGCCCCAGUUAUGAAUCCCUUCAUUUACACGCUAAGGAAUAAGUAA